AUGCAGCAGCUGUUGUUGAGUGAAGAAGAAAUGGUCCCUGAACAGCAGGACUUACAUCCAAUUGUUGAAAAGAAGCUUGUUAAAGAGGAACAACAGGAACUCUUGACAAGUCAGGAGAUAGAGCGGCUUCACAAGGUGGAGGAGACUGACAUUCCAACGUUACCAUUCACUGUUAUCCUUGUGAAAACGGAAAAUGCUGAAGAGAAACCACAGGUUCACCAAAGCCAAAGUGGGGGUAACACAAAUGUUGAAACUGUAACAACUGCACCCAGAACACUGACAGCAAAAGCUGAAGAAGAGGACUAUGUAGGACCACAACCACUCAGUAACGUGAGUCCAAAUAAUUGUUUACAAUCAGACACCCAGAGCAGCCUCCCAGACAGUUCUGAAACUGAGUCUAACCAUAACAGUGAAGGGACUCGCAUCAGACUGCUUUGUCUAGGUUCAAACUGUUUGAAAAUCAGUGAUACCUUUGUUGGCGAUAGCAGAGAUAAUUUCUCUGAAUGUGGAACAGCAUUGCGUCACAUGAAUUUUUCAAAGCAACACAUCACAACUCAUGGAAUUAAGAAACAUGUUAGUUUUCAUGAGUGGGAUAAAAGGUGGCAACAAAAGGGCUAUUUGGCCGCCAAAAAUGGCCACAGAGGUGGCAAGUUGCUGGGCUGUGUUGAAUGUGGUAAAAGAUUCAGGACAAAAAGUGAUCUGAGCACACACACACGAAUUCAUACAGGAGAGAAACCAUUUGGUUGUUCUGAGUGUGGAAAAAAGUUUAGAGUAAAAAGCAAUCUAAAAGUACACACGAGAAUUCAUACAGGAGAGAAACCCUUUGGUUGUUCAGUGUGUGGAAAAAAGUUUAGAGAAAAGAAGAAACUGACCAUACACCUGCGAAUUCAUACAGGGGAGAAACCAUUUAGCUGUUCUCAGUGUGGUAAAGGAUUUAAAGAUAAACACUUUCUAAUUCGUCACAUGAGAAUUCACACAGGAGACAAACCAUUUGUUUGUUCUGAGUGUAGUAAAAGAUUUCUAGAGAAAGUCCAUUUGAACAACCAUAUGAGAAUUCAUACAGGAGAAAAACCAUUUGGGUGUUCCGAAUGUGGUAAAGAUUUCGAGAAAACGUCAGUCUGAAGAGACACCGGAGCAUUCAUACAGGAGAGAAACCAUUUGGCUGUUCUCAGUGUGGUAAACGA